AUGGGUAUUCCAGGGUAAGUUUCUAUUUGUUUGAUGAUCUCUUGUCAAUCACGAUACAUCACUAACAAAUCAUGUACAACUAGACUUUGGGAUCUCAUCGCCGAUUGCAAAGAAAUUAUUUCACUUGCCGAACUGGCCACGAAACAUUUCGAACAUCAUAAAAGACCUUUGAGAAUAGCUGUCGAUGAAGCAACUUGGAGACAUAAAUUAUUUAUUAGUAACAAGGGAAAAGUUUGUAAAAGUACUUUUUGCACUUUAUUAUUCAAUUUCAAUUUCAUAUCCCAAAUUCAUAUUCACAUGUUUAGAUAUAAAUAUAAACACCCAAACUAACAAACCCCAAGAAUAUUCCACCAUCCACCUCAACGAACGAAACCUCAUAACCUUCGUGCUACGUCUCCUAAAACUAAACAUCCAACUCAUAUUCGUAGCAGAUGGUCCUCAGAAACCUUGUGAGAAAAAUAAAGGUAAAGGAGCGGGAGUGUGGAAGUUUAAAAAUAAUGUUUUGCAAGAGGGUUUGAGGUUGUUGGGGGUUAAGUGGCAUGAUGCUCCUGGGGAGGAGGCAGAAUGUGAAUGGAGGGGGGAGGGUGGAUUGGGUUUGGACCGAGGACGGAGAGGGGGGGAUGGAAGGAAGAGGAAGGGUGGGGUGUUGUUGUAUAGGGAUGAUGGUUAUUCAAGCCAAAGCAUCCGGGAUUUGAUAGGGAGGGUUUGGUACUUUUUGUUAUUGGAGGAGAUUAUGGGAAAGGAUUACAGGAUUGUGGGGUUGGAAGGUCAAGUAAAGUUGUAGAGAUGGGAUUUGGAAGGCAACUUUGCCGGACGAUGGAGAUAUCUGGAGAUCUUGAUGCUUGGAGAAAUAGUUUACGGAAAUAUUUCAUCGGUUCGAAAACAGGGGUUAGUGUUCCGGGAAGUUUUCCGGAUAAGAGGAUUUGGGGUCUUUAUAAUUCACCAGUUAUAUCUUCCCUUGAGAGAUUGGAGAAAUUCGAGGAGAAUGUUUGGAGUGGGAAGAUUGAUGAGAAAAAACUACAGACCUUUUUCGUCGAAGAGUUUAAUUGGGGGAUUGAUAAAUACAUCGACUACGUUAUUCCGAUUCUCCUCACACGAUCUCUCACUUCUUUCGACCGGAAUGGAAAAUCAAAUAUGGACGUGUAUAAUCUCACAUAUAUGGAAUCUGGAUUCAAAUGUAAGGUGUGGUAUUCAUUAUUCGCUGUUACAUCUUUAGGGAGAGAAUGGGUGGAUAAGUGUAUUGUGGAUUUGAACAAGAAACGCCCGAAUCAUUGGAAACGUUAUGAAUUACCAUGGGGUACGGAACCGACGGUUGAGGGGAGAGAUUUAUUAACAUGUAUUGUCAAGCAUGUGAUGGAACCAGAUACUUCAAUGACAUCUGACUCUGAAGUCGAAAUUGAAAUCGAAAAGGAUAUUUCCAACAGCAGAAGACGAUCUCUUUCGCCUCAACGAACUAUCCUAGAAGAUAGAACACGAGUAAAGAAAUCUAGAAUUUCAAUAUCACCUCCGCCGACACCAAUAUCAAAACCACAUCAUCGAUUUGCUUUUACGGAAGAAGAAAUAUCAUUCGACAUCUCCAUGUAUGGAGAUUUAGAUGAAGAUAUUCUCAACGGACCUUUAACCUUAGAGCCAAAACCAAAAGCUCUCAAACCAUCAAAGUCAAGCUCACCACCCAUUAUCCCCGACAAACAAAAACCACAGCUAGAUGGCGCAAGCAUAGAAAUAGGAUUAAAAUCCAUCAAAUCCCUCAAGCCACGUAAAAUCAAACCAUCAGCAAAUACUAAUUCCAAAUCCCGCUCAACUCAAUAUCCUCCCACGAAUCUCCUCUCCGACAUCAAAACCAACCGUAUAUCAAAAACCCCAGCACCUCUUCCUCAUUCAUCUCAAACUGUAACCGCGAAUGAAGAUUAUGAUUUUAUAAAUACAUAUCAUAUCGCCAUGGAUGCACCUUUAGAUUCAGAUUCAGAUUCUGAUUCUGAUGCCGAAUGCGAAAUUAUCGAUAUCUCGUUUUUGAAACCGAGAACUUCGAAUCUUCCUCCUAGGUGUACUAAUUACAAACUUUCGGGUCAUAAUUCAUAUUCUCGCAGAACCUCAACCUCAACCUCCAUCUCCCCUCACCUCCAUCGCACCCCGGAUACCACAAACCAAAUGCACAACGUUCCACUCAAUAAAAUCCCUGAGGAAUCCAAACACGAAUCUAGCCACCAAUCCGACUUUGAAUUUGCAAACGAAUUCGCCAAAGAAUUUAAAAACGACGACCUCAUAGCUAUGGAUGAACCACUAGAUUUCGACCUCGACCCGGAUCUUGAUUCCAACUCCAAUCACAACCACAAUCCCAAAACCGAGCAUCUAAACACUCUAAACACUCUAGACGCUCAAUCCUCCAUCUCAUCGAAAUCGAUAUCAAAACCUUCUUUCGAACAAGGACCGCUAUUUUCAAAUCCUCGAUUUGUUACUCAUUCAUCUUUUCCUUUAUCUUCUCCUUUUCCCUCAGAUUUGGAGAGGAAUUCUGAUACUGAUUGUGGAGGGAAGAUUAUAUUUGCUCCUCCUGUUCAUUGUCAUGGUCAUGGCCAUGAUCAUGAUAGAGAUGAAGAGGGCAAAGAUGCAAUGAAUACAAAAGAAGAUAUCUCAUCCGAUAUAGAUAUAGAUACGGAGAUAGAAAUAGACAUCACCACAAACGAACAACAACAACCAAAACAAAAACAAAAACAAAAACAAAACCUAAACCCAAUCAAAAAACACCAACUCCCAGCCAUCUCCAUCUCCAUCUCCCACGAUAAAUCCACAAAUCGACCAUUACGAGAACUGGGCAAUAAAUCUCCAUCAAUGCCUAAUCCAAAUCCAAAUCCAAAUCUCAAUCCCAAUCUCAACACAAAUCCACACACACCCUGCUCACCCCCUAAGACCACUUCACACAAUCAACACCAAAACCUCAACCUCAACCUAAACCUCAACCUACACCCACUCCCAAACAAAAACCCGCACAUCCUCCUCUACCCCUCCCACCCCACAGGUCCCUACCAAGAACUAGAUAUUUCGAUAUUGUUCUCCUCUUCUACACCACCUUCAUCAUCAUCAUCAUCUUCUCCACAGACUCUCUCUCCUUUUUCAUAGCCUCUCUCCCCUACUCAUUAAAUCUACAAACAAAAGCUACAAACAAAAUCUACAAACAAAAUCUCAUAUAACCUAACCGGUUAACCUAAUUUACCUC